AGAGUUGAAGACUUUAAUUUAUUAUGUUAUGCAAGUUUUAUGUUAUUUUGAGUUUUUUUAUUCUAAACUAAUUAUGUGUGUUUAGAUGUUCGAAUAGCCUUCAAUUUUUUUUAUUAUGAAACUAUGUUUUCUGAAUUUAAAGGAGCUAUACUUUUUUUUUUUAUUUCACACGGUUAUUAUUUUGCUUAUAAUAUGUUAUUGAUCUACCUUUUUCGAUUUUAUUUGUUAAACCCCUAAGUCCAUAACUAUUACAAUGUGAUAGACGAAAUAAUAAAAAAAAUAUUUUUCAAAGCUUCUUCUCAAACUUGCAAUCACCAUAAAGUAAAUUUUAAUAUUAGUGGACCCAUUAUAAAAAGUCUAUGACUUUGUCCCUGAUAAUAACCAUACUUUUAGUUUUACCUCACUAUCGUUUAAAAUAUACAUUAUGUUGUAGGUAAUCAUAAUAUAUAAUUUUAGCAUUAAUAUAGACAUUUUAUUCUGCGCGAAUUAACAACGCUGUCAAUGACGACGUAAGAAAUUAAAAUAAGCCACAAAUAUAAGUCCAAUAGAAAAUAUCUCUCUUUCAUCUCAUAGCACCCUUUAAAUUAAUACUUUAUAAAUUAAUAUACACUAAAUGUUUUUAUAAAAUAAUAUAAUUUUAUAGUCCUAAAUUAAGUUUUUAGUUUAAUUAAUAUAUCGCUAAAUUAAUAUUUUUAUAAAUUAAUAAAAAAAUUAUAGUUUAGGUGUAGUCUCAACUUUAUUAAUUUGUUGAGAUCUCAUAUAUGGACUCAGAUACAACAACCGAAUAUACCAUUUUUCCCUUACACGUAAAUAUUCAAAACAAUCUCGUCCGUCCACUACGCACAGUACUUCACCGUCCGAUUAAUAAAUCCCCCGAAAAGAAAAAACUAUCCAAUUACAAAAAGCCACGUACGUCGAUAGAUAUUCCCGCGAAAAUCAAACACUGAAAACCCCUCUCUCUCUCCCCCGAAACACAUGGAUAACAGAGAUCUCGCCUCCGGCUCCUGCUCAGAAAUGAGGAAGAAGCUAAAACUGGACGAUCAUGAGGAGGAGGUGGAUUAUAGUCGUCCUUCGCCAGCAGAUCCGGAGAAGGAAGCUUUUAACGCCCUAGCGAGGUUCUUCGUUCGCAGCGGGGUCAACCCUAAUUUCCGCCCCACUGUUUCUAUCCUCCAGAAAGAAGUUCUGGAGAUACACCAAGAAUGCAAAGAGAAAGCUAAGGACUUUCUCAAAAGUUUCCAAGGGAAGCUAACUCUCUCUUACGAAUGGAUUGUUCUUGGGCACGGGUGGACCAGAGAUUCCGUUAAAGGCCCCGUCUUGCACGAGGGCUUCGUCUGCAUCACUGCUCAUGAUUGGAAGGUCAGGAGAUGGAUCCUCGGGUACGCUAGCGAGGUGGACGUGGUGGCUCUGGAUGAUCAGGGGUUUGAGAUUGAGGGGAAGGUCUCUACUCUUUUACUGCCUAACGAGGAAGGUUUUGAUGAAGAGACGUUGGGUGGUUUCAAGAGAGGGUUAGAAGAGAGGGGAGAUAGCUCGAUUGUGCCGCCGGUUUUUCCUGUUUACUGCUGCGCUGAUCUUUUCAGGUUGAUGGUUCAUCAUGUGUUUAACGACUUUAGCGGGAAGCUGCUGGAGGAUUUGCGUAUGAUUGUUGGAUGGGGAAAGUGUUCGUCCGAGAACUGGAACCUGUGGGUUUCUAAUCUUCAACGAGCUGUGGAUAUGAAGAACGAGGAUGAGUUCUCGAAGGAUGAGAUUUACGAUGACUAUGACAAACCGUCUGAUGAGGAAUGGGUGAAGAUCGAGACUUUUGCCAGACUCGUUGGCUGCAUGUAUAAAGUGGCGGUGGAGCUUUUCGAAGGAGGUUAUUCGACGUCUAACGUCUACUUCUACCUUCUUGCUGAGCUGAAGGUGAUGUUGGAGAAGGAGCUUGAGGGGGCUGAUAGUGAUUACUUUCGCUGCAAUGCUAAGUGGAUGUUGAAGAGGUUCGAUAAGUACUGGGAUCAUAUGUUUCUGGUUUUGGCUACUGCUUCUGUGUUGGAUCCUCGGUUCAAGAUGAAGUAUCUUGAGUUUUACUGCUCUAAGAACAAAGUUUGUGAUGAAGCUUCGAAAGCUGAAACUGUUUUGGACUAUUUGCGCAGUCUGUAUGCUCGCUAUGCAGCUAGUGAUAUCUGUCAGAAACCAAUAUGCUCGGUUGCUAAAGUUGACUCCAAAGAAGAAGGUGAAAAUGGUGAUGGAGGAGGAGAAGAAGAUCAUGAUGAAAUACAAGAUGGUGAAGAAGAUUAUGAUGAAGAACAAGGAGAAGAUGAAGAAGAUUAUGAUGAAGAACUAGGAGAAGGAGAAGAAGAUUGUGAGGAUGAUGAAGAAGAGGAAUAUGACGAGGAAGAAGAUGGAGAAGAAAAGUAUGAUCCUGAUUCAUCAGAAGAAGCAGAAAGGGAAGCAAGGAAGACAAGAGAAAAGAAGACUGACGCCUGCAAGGAUUUUGCCUUCUUCCAAGAAUUUCUCAAGUUUGAAGGAUCUGCAAGAGAGUUUGGUGAAUCAGAGCUUGAUUGUUACCUCAGAGAACCGGUAAUGGAGUGGAACAAAGACUUCAAAGCAUUGGACUGGUGGAGAGAAGAGGGUCACAAGUAUCCAGUACUCUCUCGAGUAUCUCGUGACAUUCUCUCAAUCCCAAUCUCACGAGCCACGUCGUACUAUGCUUAUGGAAUGGACAGAAGAGAGCCUCCUGCGUUCGUCGUCUCCUUGGAAGCCGAAGUUGCUAACGCCAUGAUGUGCAGCAAAAAAUGGUUACGGCUUUGACAAUAGUGUGUCAGAAUUGGUAACAACAUUAUCUUCACGUCUCCGUCUCUAGUUUGAACUUUAGAGGGCUUUACGAAUCUCAUUAUCUCUGUGUUUUCGUUUUAGUACUUCCAUCUCCCGUUUCUAUAUCAGUACGAUGUUCGUUUCUUAGAAGGUUGUCUUUGUUUAACUGAGGUGAAACCUUUUCAAAA